AUGCCUUUCCCUUCAGGAACAGACCCGACGACUGUCCGGCAGCUCUUACUCCAGCAUAACUUCCUGCCCCUAGUAUCUGUACAAUCUACGCAUAACGCAGAUGUGCUUUUCCAGCGACAGUGUCUAAACGAUCUGGUCUCGGUACUCCAGGUUCUCAAGCCUUAUGGCAACAAUGCCAAAUACUCGGUGCCUAACCAGAGGUUCAAAAUCACCAAUUCUGCAUUGAUCACAAGAACGUAUAGUCUGUUUCCAGUCAGGUUCGAGCCGUCCCUUCCGGAGCUCUUGCUGGUACACAAUGCUGAUACAAGCUCCUCCUCGGAACAGCUCAAGAGUCUCUUCAGCAUAUCCAGUUUGGAACUUUUGCUUAAAAGCUCUAACCAGGCUUCCUCAAUUUCAGCAAGAUCCCACGAUAAGCUCUACUUGGAGUUCUUCCGCAUGGUUAUUUCCUCUAAUCAGGUUGUCCUGUUUGAUACGUUGAACCAUCCAGUGUCUCAGAUCUUUGUCAUUGAUUACCAUACAGAUACGCUAGAAACAUUAAGAAAGCUUAUUGUUGACUUCCGAAACUACAAUUUUCCGAAAUACUUCCAGAUCUCAGACUUGCUUAUUCAUAUAUUCGUUGUGUACGACUCGCAGAUGGUGCUGGAACAAGACGUCAGCACUUACCAAACCAACAUCCAGGCUAAUCUUUCUGUAUCUUCCACUGCCGUUCCCCUCCUGAUGGUGGCUUCCAACGAUACAGCAUACGUGAAGCUUUCCAAGUUGGAGAGUGCAACAAUUGAAGAAGAGGUCCAGAGUGUGCAGUUGCAACAUUCGAAAGAGUUAUCAGACAAUGACCUCUAUCUCAAACUACCAAAAGCAUUGGACACUGUUCUCAAGAGCCGAUGCCACGACUUCAUUAGCCGCUUCUUAAUUCCUCAUAUGGAAGCGAAGCUCCGAAUCUGGGGAGAUCAGAUAUUGGCCCCCAAGAAGUCCAUUGCUGGCCGUUUCUUCUCGGUGUCCCGUAAGUUAUUCAACAACAAUAGCUCCAGUGAUCUCAGCCAAACCCAGCAGAGUCAAUUCAAUCAUAAAGAGAACUUCUAUCAUCGGUCAAGCAAUGAGCAGGCUAUUAGAAAGCUCGCAGACUGGUCUUUAAUUCUCAAGGACUUCAAAUACGCCUAUUCCACCUACGACCUCAUCAAGAAAGACUACAUUAACGACAAAGCCUGGGUUUACGUUGCUUCAACACAAGGGAUGUGCAUCGUGUCGCUCUUGUUAACACAGACACAGCCACUUGCCUCAGACACUCCGCCACAAGCGCCAGAUAAAAAUACCUUACGAAAGAUACGCCACGACAUCAUAGAACCAUACAUUGACAAUCUUUCCUAUUCAUUCAAAUCCCGCUUAAAUGUCAAGACAUAUGCGAUCCGGGCAUACUUGGUGGUCGCCGAGUUACUUCUAAGCAUGGGAAUGAUGUUUAACAUCCCCUGGUGGUUUGGCGACUUGAUAGAAAGUUACUACCUCAAAUGUAUGGGCGAGAUCGACUCCCACCUAGCGUCCAAUAUGAACAAUCCCCAAGUGAUUAGAGCCUUGCUUUAUGAAAGGCUUGGGUAUGCGUCCAGCCAGAACCAUUUAGUUCCUGGAGAAUUCAAAUGGCUUUUGGGAGAAAAGCAUGAGAUCAUACCAGAAAGAGAAGUAAAGCAGGACACCCAAGAGAUUGCUGAUGAAAAAGAGAACGAAGCAAGUGAACAAGAGAUGUAUGUGAACGAACAUAAAUUGCAUUCCGAUAAGCCUAAUGCUCUUCUUGGGCUAACUAGAUUCAGAAAGAGUGCUGCGUGGUACCUAUUGUCCAUGAGGGAAUGGUUAGACCUUAAAGACAAGGAGUACGUGAAGUUGCUCAUGAACAACGUAUCUGAAUGUUUUGAGGUGCCUAAAUUGACAGAUAAUUGGUACGACAGACCCGAGAGCCUACUUGGUAUUCUCAAACUUAAGCUGAAAUAA